AUCUUUUUUAUAGUGAAGUGGGCAUCGUGUUGUUCUGGUUCUCGAUCGUUCUCAUCGGAAUCGAGGCCGAAGGAGAAGAAGAAGGGAGGAGAGAGAUGGCCACCGGCGGCUCCGUGAAGGAUGUGCAAUCGAAGCCGGAGCUUGAUGAUCUCAUUCGUGGCCCUGCGGUGGUGAUUCUUCACUUCUGGGCAUCAUGGUGUGAGGCCUCCAAGCAGAUGGACCAGGUCUUCUCACACCUCGCCACCGACUUCCCUCACGUCGUCUUCCUCAGGGUUGAAGCAGAAGAACAGCCUGAAAUUUCAGAGGCUUAUUCAGUUUCAGCUGUGCCAUACUUUGUCUUCUGCAAGACUGUCGAUACACUGGAGGGUGCAAACCCCUCUGGCUUGGCAAAUAAAGUUGCAAAAGUUGCUGGAUCUUCUGACCAGGUGGAAUCUGCUGCUCCUGCCAGUAUUGGAAUGGCCGCUGGACCUGCUGUUCUAGAAUCAGUGAAAGAUCUGGCAAAGGAAAAUGGCUCUUCCUCACAAGAUGGAACCACAGGCUCUGGAUUAGCUGAUUCCUUAAAGAAACGUCUGCAGGAGCUUGUUAAUUCUCAUCCUGUUUUUCUAUUCAUGAAAGGAUCCCCUGAAGAACCUAAAUGUGGCUUUAGUCGGAAGGUUGUGGACAUUUUGAAGGACUUGGGAGUCCAAUUUGGAAGUUUUGAUAUACUCACAGACAAUGAGGUGCGUGAGGGUUUGAAGAAAUUCUCCAACUGGCCAACCUUCCCUCAGCUCUUCUGCAAAGGGGAGCUAAUUGGUGGCUGUGAUAUUGUGGUUGCUAUGCAUGAAAAUGGUGAGUUGAAGGACGUAUUUAGAGAUCAUGGGAUUUCAGAUGGUGCAAAUGCUGGAGAAUCUAUUGUAGCUCCUGCAUUGCCUGAUGUUCCUCAACCUCGUAGAGGUGGUGGCAUUGCUGAACCAACCAGUUUGAGUACUGCCUUGACUUCUAAACUUGAAAGCCUGAUCAAUUCGUCUCCUGUUGUAUUGUUCAUGAAGGGUGCACCAGAGGAACCCAAAUGUGGAUUCAGUCGCAAGGUUGUGGAUAUCCUUAAACAAGAGAAGAUAGAAUUCGGGUCCUUCGACAUUCUUUCUGACGAUGAAGUAAGGCAGGCCCUUAAAGUUUUUUCAAACUGGUCUAGCUAUCCACAACUCUACAUAAAAGGUGAGCUUAUUGGGGGGUCUGAUAUCGCCCUGGAGAUGCAUAAGAGCGGGGAAUUGAAGAAUCUUUUGGCUGAGAAAGGAAUUGCCGCAAAAGAAACUCUUGAGGAUAAGCUAAAGACUAUCAUUUCUUCCUCGCAGACAAUGCUUUUCAUGAAAGGUACUCCUGAUGCUCCGCGCUGUGGUUUUAGCUCGAAGGUUGUCGAUGCACUUAGGAAAGAAGACAUUAGCUUUGGAUCAUUUGACAUUUUGACCAAUGAAGAAGUCAGGCAGGGCCUAAAGACUUACUCAAAUUGGCCUACCUUUCCUCAACUGUACUACAAAGGUGAGCUUAUCGGUGGCUGCGACAUCAUAUUGGAACUGCAGAAAUCUGGUGAACUUAAAUCCACUCUUUCUGAGUAGAUUAGUUCUUUAUAAUCAAAAGCUAAAUCAUCGAUGUCUUAUGGUUAUUUUCCUAGAGUCUCUCUGCUACCGCGGACUGCUUGGUUUUUUCCUUUAAUCUCUUGAGUGAUCAAUAACUAUGAUGUUCUGAUGGUUUGUCAGAUCUUUGUAGUUGUAUUGUUAGCAUCUGUUGUGGAUGUUUGCCAUCUCAUUGUGCUUUUCUGCUGAGUUAAAUAACAUUGGUUUAGAAAUCCUUUUCAAAUGUGACCAAAUUUAUGA